AUGCGGAGCAAAUUCAAGGACGAACACCCCUUCGAGAAGCGCAAGGCUGAGGCCGAGCGCAUCCGGCAGAAGUACACUGACCGCAUCCCGGUCAUUUGUGAAAAGGUCGAGCGUAGCGAUAUCGCUACGAUCGACAAGAAGAAGUAUCUAGUACCGGCCGAUCUCACUGUCGGCCAGUUCGUGUACGUGAUUCGCAAGCGCAUCAAGCUCUCUCCGGAAAAGGCCAUCUUUAUCUUCGUCGACGAGGUUCUCCCUCCCACCGCCGCGCUCAUGAGCAGCAUCUAUGAGGAACACAAGGAUGAGGAUGGGUUCCUCUACAUUACCUACUCGGGCGAGAACACUUUCGGCAAUUUUGAGACUGCCUAA